AUGGAAAGAUACAUGGCUGAUUCAACCGACAAGUCCUCUUCAUCUGGUAAUCCUAAUAAAAAAAGAGUUAGAGGUCCAACUAUGAUGACACAAAUUGACAAAAGAUGUUGUAUUUUGAAAGAUGAGUGGAAAGACAUAGAUAAUGGAAUAAAAGAAGCUAUAUGGGUUGAUGUUCAGGAAAAAAGUCGAAAGGGUAGAGAGAAUGUGGCUAAGAAUGUAUACCCACACGUAUUAUCUCGUGGAGGGUAUCGCAUGCUCGAGGAGACAAUUAAAAAUGAAAGGAUAUCAUCAAGGGAUGAUUCUACAUUAGAUGAUAAUGGUAGUCCAUCUCCACCGUCACGCCAUGAGUUAUGGAAGAGAGCACGACAAAAGAAAGGAGGAGAAUACACAUCAAAGUCUACACAAGCUGUUGCGGAGAAAAUUGAUUCUCUAGUUGAAGAAGCUGAAAAAUGUGUCUUUGUUCCACAUGGACGUAACGAUAUCUUAACAGCAGCCCUUGGAACAUCUGAGCAUGGCGGCCGUGUUUGUGGUGUUGGAAAACACCAUAAACAAAGCACUUAAUUUGGAAGGUCGUCUUCACGUCAAGGACAACAUAUAGAUGUAAAUGAACAACUUGAACAACUUUUAUCA